AUGUCAUCACUUGGUGACACAGCCACUGGAGAUCAGUUUCAGAGAUUGGUUGAGAGAGCAUUCAAGAGACGCAUGAAGAUUGACCAAAUCAAUGGAUUCGGUAUUCGUGUAUCUGUUCCCAAACCAAAAAGAGGAAGACCAAAGGCGUCAGAGAAGAUCGAGUUCGAGAAGAUUGGCAUAUCAUUUCCAGUAGUCGAGAGAUCAGUAUAUAUCGAACAACGAGAUGGUCAGCUGAAUAUCCCAAAGCACUUUGGUAUGAACACACUCUACAUUAUAUCUUCUCCAACAUUUCCCUACAUCCUCUACAAUCCCUCGACCAACUCGAUCUAUUUCGUUCAAGUAUCAUUAUCAUCAUUCCAACAACAUGAAUCAAGUAGGCCAAUAUCCCCAUCUUUCAACGACAUCGACAACUGCACAAGUAUUGCCUCUGGCACACAGGCAAUCACAGGAAAGAAGUGCUCGACUUCCAUCACUGAGCAAGAACUCCAAUUCGACGCCGAUAGUGUAACAGCCCACUUCAUCUACAUUACUUGGUCAACUUUGGAGAAACAGCGCCCUCUCUAA